AGGAGCAGUUAAAACCUCUCUUCCUGUCAUUGAAUAAGAAAUCUAUAAUUGCUCAAUACAUGAACCUUGUCGUCUGUGUCCAGGAAUGGCCUGUGCUAACACUUCCUGGUCUGAAGAGAACUUUUCAUGUUCCAUCUGUCUGGAUGUGUUCAACAGUCCAGUUACCACCGCAUGUGGACACAACUUCUGCAGAACCUGUAUUACAAAGUUCUGGGAUGAACAAGUCCAGUACAAAUGUCCUGUUUGCAACGAGAUUUUCCAUACAAGACCUGAUUUACGGGUCAAUACCUUCUUAUCAGAGCUGGCUGCUCAGAUUAGAACAACCGUACGAGUAAAAGAGCAGCCUUGUGUUGAACCAGCAGAAGUUCCCUGUGACGUCUGUACUGGGACCCAGCAGAAGGCUGUGAAGUCCUGCCUAAUGUGUUUUACCUCUUUCUGCCAAACCCACCUGGAGCCACAUCAGAGAGUCGCUCGCCUGCAGAAACAUCGGCUGGUCGAGCCUAUGGACCGUCUGGAAGACAGGAUGUGUAAGAAACAUGACCGACUUCUGGAGCUCUUCUGCCAGACUGAACAGGUGUGUGUGUGUCUGUUGUGCACAGUGACAGACCACAAGUCCCAUCCUGUUGUACCUCUAAAGGAGGAAUAUGAAGUGAAGAAAGCCCAGCUGGGGAAGAGAAGGGCUGAAGUUCCACAGAAGAUCCAGGAGCGAAAACAAAAGAUUAAGGAGAUCAAAGACACAGUGGAACUGAGCAACAAAGACGCAGACAGAGAGAUAGCCCAUGGUGGGCAGGUCUUCACUGCUCUGAUAGGCUGUGUUGAAAAGGGCCGGAAUGAUUUCAACCGAACGGUUCAAGAGAAACUGAAAUCCACAGUGAAACGAGCUGAAGACCUCAUCAAAGAGCUGGAGCAGGAAAUAGAAGAUCUGACCAAUAGAAGCUCAAAGGUGAAGCGGCUCUCACACACUGAAGACCACCUCCACUUCCUCCAGACCUUCAGAUCCCUGAAGGAUCCUCCACCCACCAGGGACUGGACCACGGUGGAGGUCUGUCCUCCGUCAUACGUAGGGACCUUGAGGAGAUCCCUGGAUCAGCUGGAGGAGACACUGAACAUGGAGAUGAAGAAGCUGCCUGAUGAUGCUGAACUGAAAAGGUUCCAGCAGUAUGAAGUAGAUGUGACUCUGGAUCCUGAUACAGCUUUUCCCAGUCUCAUCCUGUCUGAGGAUGGGAAACAAGUACAUGAUGGAGAUGUGUGGAACAAACACCCAGACAACCGUAAGAGAUUUACAACGUAUAGAUUUGUUCUCACGAGGAAGAGCUUCUCCUCAGGGAGAUUUUACUUUGAGGUCCAGGUUAAAGACAAGACUGCAUGGUGGUUAGGAGUGGCCAGAGAGUCCAUCGACAGAAAAGGUCGGACAGAGAUUACCCCUGAGACGGGUUACUGGACUCUUUGGUACUCCAAAAAUGUGUUCUUAUUUAGAGAUAACCCUUCUGUCCGUCUCCCUCUGAGAGCUGAGCUCCAGAAGGUGGGGCUGUUUGUUGAUUAUGAUGAGGGUCUGGUCUCCUUCUAUGAUGUGGAAGCCAGGGUUCAUAUCUACUCUGCUACUGGCUGCACCUUCACUGAGCCUCUCUAUCCAUUCCUCAGUCCAUGGAUACAUGAAGAAGGUAGAAACUCUGCCCCCCUGAUCAUCUCAACUGUCAAUCAAACAGACUAGGAACUUUGUUUGAUAAUAAAAUAAUC